GGGCCUCGGGCAGCCCCCUGCGGCCGCGGGUGGUGCUGGGGGGGAGGGGAGGUGUUUGGUGCCUGCAGCGGGAGUGGGGAGCCGGCGGCUGCCCCGUCUCACGUCUGUCACGUCCUUCCAGGUGUCAACCUGGGGCCGCUGCUGGAGAUGUGCAUCGCCAUCAACCCCAGCAUCCUGCCCACCGCCUUCCUGGGCACGGCCGUGAUCUUCACCUGCUUCACGCUGAGCGCGCUCUACGCCCGGCGCCGCAGCUACCUGUACCUGGGAGGCUUCCUCUUCUCCGGGCUGUCCCUGAUGUUUCUCUUCUCCUUGGUCAACCUCUUCGUGGGUUCCACCUGGCUCUUCACGGCUAACCUGUACGUCGGGCUCAUGGUGAUGUGCGGCUUCGUCCUCUUCGACACCCAGCUCAUCAUUGAGAAGGCCGAGAGCGGGGACAAGGACUACAUCUGGCACUGCGUGGAUCUCUUCCUGGACUUUGUCAACAUCUUUCGCGAGCUCAUGAUUAUCCUGGGCAUGAACGAGAAUAAGAAGAAGGAGAAGAAGUGAAGUGACUGCUGGAGCCCUUGCCUGCUGCCCCCUGCCCCUGCCCUUACCCCCCGCCCCCCAACGCAUUAAAGGGGCCGCGCUCUCUGAAAGAAAAGCGCCCGAGAAGCUUUCAUACCCUGUGGGUUUUUCUCUUGUUUGAGCUUUUUCCAAUUAGUAACCAGCUGAUUCGUGGGUCCCACUGGAGCUUAGCUCCCCUUGUUUCCCCCCGCGCCCCACAGCUCAGGGAGGCCAGCAGCAAACGUCUCCCAAGCGCCCGGCCCUGCUGCCUCGGCUUUGGGCACGGGAUCAUCCCCAGGUGGAUUCCCAGGCACCAAGAAGCUGCAGCUCCCCUGCUGCAGAACCCGUUUCUCCUCCUUCCCCACUUGCCUUGGCCUGAAAACAAACCCAACCGGCCGCACUGCUUCCAUGGCCGUGCGGCAGCCCCCAGGCCGUCUCCCAGCAGCCCCUGGAGGGAGCGGGGCUGGCACCAGCUGCCCGGACACAUGGCUGGGCACCAGAGAGCCAUUGUCUCCUGCCUUGCAGGGCUGCUGCAACCAGCAGGCUGGGGACAAGGGGCGGGUUUGUGUAGCUCCUUCUGCCUCCCUCGUCCCCCAUGAGUCCCUCAGCUGCCCUGCCCCGGCCCAGCCUGCUGCCCCGCAGCGGGAGACUAGCACCCAGUGCCGAGGGGAAGAGGGCGGUGCAGCUGCUCCGGCAGGGGGAACAGGUAGGUGCCCUCCCCUCUCCCUGGGCUGCCAGGGUCCAGGACCAUAGUACCUGGCCCCUGGCAGCACCAGGUACUGCCGGAAGCCCCGGCCCCCGUCACCAAAGCCAACCUGCACCUCCGCUUGCUCGGGACGAAGGUGCCUCCUCCCCACAGAACCAGUGCCAAGAACGACAGCGUCUGCGACGAGCCUCCUACAGCAAUGUCCACCAGGUUUUCCUGCCGUCAUGACUGUAAUUCUCUCUCCCGUUCUGCCGGCCGUGGCGCCGGCUGCGCAGCCUAAACUCAUACUGUGAAGACAAAGGUGUUUUGAUUCAGAAAUAUAUGAAGCCUCCAGAGUCUUACUUUGUACAAAAAUUGAUGAAUGAAAUAAAAAUCCUCAGACUUUAACCUUCA